AUGGUUGCUGUAUCUAAGCCUGCUUUGGGAUACAAUCAGUACUUUCUCCCGGAAGAAGACCUGAAGUAUUUGCCUCCAUAUUUGCGUGACGUGCGGGAAACUCCCAACGAGAUAGAGUGCAAAACCACAGGAGCGUGGCCAUCGUGGCUUCAUGGUACAUUUAUCAGAGUUGGUCCAGGUCGUUUCACCGUCCCUCUUUCUGAAGAUGGCUCCAAGCCUAAUGCCGUCAUCCAGCACUUUUUCGACGGGCUCGGCAUGCUACAUAAGUUCCGCAUGUUGGACGGGAGCGUGUACUACACCAGCCGCUACACGUCCGAGGGAGUUGUUAAAAGAGCGAAGAAAGAUGGUUACCUUUCUACUAAUGUUUUUGGUCUUAAUCCAAACACCCCUCUGAAACACGUGCAAGAUCCAUGUUGGGCCUUGCUAGGUGCUCAACAAUCUUUAUACCACCACGAUGGUCAUUUAGGGCCAGAUGACAUCAGCGUAAAUGUCGCCCCUCGUCGUGGUUUUCACCUUCCACCUGAUAGCAACCCACUCUCCAAAGGGCUUGCGGCAAAUAACCCAGAGGCUGAAGAGGUCUUAGUGCAAGCGGACUCCAACCUACUUCAAGUCUGUGACGCACGCACGCUCGAGCCUAAGCGGAUGCUUACUUAUGCCCAAAUUGACCCUGAGCUUUCCGGUUAUGGCAUUUGUUCUCACCCGCCAAAGGACAGAAAGCGGGGUCUGACUUUUAAUUAUUUAAUUGAUCCUGAGAAAGGCAUCAUGUCUGUCUUUGCGCUCAAUAUAGUAGCCAAGCCUACCUCGCUUUUAUGGAAAACGCCGCUUCCAUGCAAGCCUUGUUACAUCCACUCUUUAGCAAUGACCGACAAGUAUGUCGUGUUUAUCAGAAAUCCUGUUCAAAUGGAUGUCAGCGACACGUCAAAGCCUAUGGUGGAUAUGCUCCAAUUCGAGCCAAAUACCCCAACUCAAUUUUUCGUCUUGAAUAAAAUUGACGGCAAGCACGUCGCUACUUAUUCACAAAAGGAUGGCUUCAUGUUCUUCCAUUCUGUAAACGGUUAUGAUUAUGUGGACCCUAGGACUGGGGCAAUCAACAUUCACGUAGAUCUUUGCAGCUACGAAAGUACCUACGUUCCAUAUAGUGACUACAGUCUUAGCAACAUCGUCGAUCCGGCCGGCCCGUUACAAAACGCGACCCUCAUUCGGUAUGAGCUGGCCGCCGUGGACCAAGCCGAUGCAGAUCAUGUCUGUCGUGCGACUGUAGCGGCCUUUAUUCCGGGAAUGGCUUGUGAACUUCCCCGGAUUGCCAAGAGCGCUUCCAUGGUCCCGGGGUAUCGCUACGUGUACUGCGCUUCUGGCACCGGCGGGCCCUCUCCGGGAACGGCUGUGCCAAUCGGUCGGCUCGGAAACGGGUUGAAGGUAGUGCAAGCUGCGUUAUUUGGAAGCCUGGCCAAAUCUGACUGGAAGACCGGAACUUUUAAGCGUUGGCAGCCCAAAAACGGGGAGAGUUGCCCAUGUGAGCCCGUUUUUGUGCAGAGACCAGGUGCGACUAAGGAGGAUGAUGGCGUGGUCCUUACAAUUGUAAUUGACCGGGAGGGAAUGCACAGUAUCCUCAUUGCUCUCGAUGGCACGACUUUUGAGGAGAUUGCUAGGGCUGACAUGCCGCAAGUUUAUGGACUUGGUCCUCACGGGUCUUUCGUGGAGGGGGACUUUGGCAUUUAG